GAGGACAUAAUAGCGAUUUCAGAUUCUGUAAAUCCCCGCCCCCGAGUUGUAUCGUUUUCUGUUCGCUUUCCUCUUCAAUUUCUAGAGAGAGAAACCAAGAGAGAGAAUCGCACUCACCAUGGACCAGGCUGUUCGCCUCCGACCCUCCACCACCACCCCUGCGGCGGAGAAUCUUCACCUUCCUAAGCUCCCUACCAAAACUAGAGAGGAGGGCGAACUCUCUUCCGACGCCGACGACGAUGCCGAUGAUAACGUUGAAAGCUCUAAUGUGCAAUCCACCCAUGCCGUUGGGACUGGUUCUGUCCCAUCGGUGCGAAAGAAUACACUGGGCGUUCAGGGUGGCUCCACUAAUGUACAGUUGCAAACUACCGGACAACCAACUACGCAGAAGGACUUAAAAAAGAACCAAUUACUUCCUAAAUCUUCUCCGUGGACUGGUCAUGUCAGCACUGAUAAAAAUCUUGUGAUAAGCUUCUCUGAUGAUGACAGCGGUAGCGACCAUGAAACGAAAGGUAAUGUAUCCAGGUUAGAUAACAGUGUAAAGGGGACUAACUCAUCCUUGGGAAAAUCUAACAAGUUAAAGCAAACAAGUUUACCCAAGGAAGUGCCCAAGAGAUCAUCCUUAAGUCGCACCUUUGUCUCAUCAAUGACCAAAAUCCCUGGAUCUAAUUCUAAGGGUGUUGGAUCCAUGCCACCAGUACAAGGAUCAAGAGCUAGAAAUUUCAAUCUAAUGAACAAAAAUUUAGUGCGAGGAUUGGAUCAAGGAUUGGUGUCAAAUGACAAUAAACUUCAGGAUUUGCGGCAUCAGAUUGCAAUUCGGGAAAGUGAGCUCAAGCUGAAGGCAGCCCAGCAAAAUAAGGAGAGUGUUUCAGUUUUGAAUAGGGACCACAGUGCCAUGAACCCAAAGAAGUCAGUGUCAAUGUCUAGAAAAAGUACUCCUGUUUCCUCCGAACCUGCACAAUUUGAGCCAACAGAGCCAGCUAAGAAGCGUGUGAAACUUAGCACAUCUAAUGGUGUCUCUCAAGCUGUUAAUAGUCAGCAACAAAUUCCAGCCGUUAAAUCUUUGUCGCCAGCAGAAACCUUAGGAAACUAUUAUCCUCAGGAAAGAAACAAGGUUGAUCAGGGCCAAAAAGAUAUUCCAUUACGUAGAGCAGAGCCAAAGUCUGGCAUAUCUCGAAGGCAACCCGACAAUCAUGUUGACAAUCCAUUAGAAAAUAUGCCUCGUAGAUCAAGUGAUGGUGAUGUCAAUUAUGGUUCCAAUCAAACUGAGAAGAGUAGUAGGCUGGUGAACCCUUCUGGUGUUGCUUUGAACCAAAAUGCAGUGCCGGCAAAUAGCAAUUCAAAUACCGUGUUAAAAAAUUUUCAAGCAUUGAACAAUACAGUUCUUUUGAAUCAUAAUGGCAAUGUAAAUGCCUCAGAGCACAGCAAUCUAGAUUUACAGUCAUUUUUUGGGAUGGAAGAAUUGAUAGACAAGGAACUAGAGGAAGCUCAAGAGUACCGGCACAAAUGUGAAAUUGAAGAAAGAAACGCUCUCAAAGCUUAUCUUAAAGCUCAGAGGUCUUUGCUUGAGGCUAAUACACGAUGCACCAAUCUUUAUCAUAAAAGGGAAUUGUAUUCAGCCAAGUUACGAUCUUUAAUUUUAAGCAGUUCUGGCUUAUCCUGGCCUUCAGGGCAGCGCCAACAUCCUGAUAUAGAGUUGGAUUACUUACCGAGACUUGGAUAUGAAAUACCCACAUCAAGCUGUCAGAGGCUGGCUGACGAUAAUGAUAUUAAUAAUCCCAGUUUUGAUUCUAAUAACCGAGGAAUCAAUAAUAGGCAUUCCAAUAUAACCAAACACCAUGCUACUAGAGCAAAUUUAGGGUCCGAACCUUUUGGUGAACCAGAUGCCAGUACAUCAGAGCCAUUGCCUCAAAGGGAUAAUUAUGCAGCGGAUGAAGUUUAUUCUCCUUCGGAUGAAUUAGGUACAUCAGCUAAUGAAAAUGAAGAGAGCUCUCCAUCUGGACAUGUUUCUAAUCAUCAUUGUGAUGCUGACUAUUUUAGGAAAGAAGACUCUGUAUCCAAAUUAGUGGACAGAGAUACAACAUCAAAUGCAGUUUUUUCUAGUGAUAAUCCUCAGGAUUCCUUGCUUCUUGAAGCAAAAUUAAGAUCUGAAUUAUUUGCACGAUUUGGGACAAGAGCUAAGCAGAGAAGCAAUUCGUGUAAUGAUGUAGAGCCUGUUUCUGAACGAGGAGCUGAAAAUGAGGUUGGAAAUGAGAAAACAAAGGUGCUUCAAAAAGUUGCUGUUCCACACUCUAGGACAGAAGGUAACGAUCUUAAAGGCAUUGAGAGUCAUGACAGGAGCGUCUUCAUGGAUAUGAGAGAGAAUCAAAGUCAGCCAGACAUUGGUGGAAAUUCCCAUAUCAUUGGUUCAAGAGUUCAAGGAGAUAUGCCUUGUGAAGGUCCCCUGACUACAAAUACAUUAGACAUCCAACCUUUAAUUUUUAGGAGUGCAUUCAGUAAGCUGAGAGGAAUGUUUCCAUUCAAUACAAAUCAAUUACAGAGUAAAAUCAUUUUUAUUAAUGCUAACGAUGGUCCAAAUGAAAAUGCUACUUCCCUCAGUUCUCAUGAAAGAAAGUGUAGCAAUGUUUUAGCAAUAUCAAUGCCUGUCAAUAUUGGAAACUUACUCUCAGAUGACAGCUCCUAUGGCCACAGUGCUGCAGUUGAUCCAUUUUGGCCACUUUGCAUGUAUGAGCUGCGUGGAAAAUGCAACAAUGAUGAGUGUCCCUGGCAACACGCUAAGGACUAUGGUGUUGAAAACAUUCCGCACGCUGAUUCUAAUAAUGCAGAUUGUCAGGGGAGAUUACUAUUGCAUCAACAGAAUUGUAAUGGUGUGGCUAAAGUUCCCAAGUUUCACAAAGCUACGAUUCUACCUACUUACCUUGUUGGUUUAGAUACUCUUAAAGCAGACCAAUUUGCAUAUAAACCUGUUGUGGCACAUAGAAAUGCUCAAUGCUGGCAGAAACAUUUCACCCUUACUUUAGCUACUUCAAGUCUGCUUGGAAAUGGUGUACCUGUGGAUGGUCCGUUACUGCAUGGUGGUAAUGAACGCAUAGAGGUCCAUGGUGCAUGGAACAAACAAUUGUCAUCUUUUCAUUGGAGAAGUGGAUCUGGGCAGGCUAUGGCUGAUAGUGAACAAGCUGUUGAGAUGGCUCUUCUUAUUCUCAACCAAGAAAUUAAUAAAGUGCAGGGUGUAAGGAAGGCCCUAUCUGUACUGUCAAAAGCACUGGAAAAUGAUCCAACAUCUGUGGUUCUCUGGAUUGUUUAUCUACUCAUUUAUUAUGGAAAUUUGAAGCCAAAUGAUAAGGAUGACAUGUUCUUGUGUGCGGUAAAGCUCUGUGAAGAAUCUUAUGUACUGUGGCUCAUGUAUAUCAAUGGUCAGGGAAAGCUUGAUGACCGAUUGAUUGCUUAUGACACCGCCCUUUCAGUUCUCUGUCAGCAUGCAUCUGCCAAUCCCAAGGACAAAAUACACAAAAGUGCAUGCAUAUUGGACCUGUUUCUGCAGAUGAUACACUGCCUAUACAUUUCAGGGAAUGUUGAGAAGGCCAUUGAAAGAACUUAUGGAAUAUUCCCCACAACAACAAAAUCCAAUGAGCAUCAUCAUCUGUCACUCUCAGAUAUACUCAAUUGCUUAACAGUUUCUGACAAAUGUGUAUUCUGGACUUGUUGUGUUUACUUGGUUAUUUACAGGAGAUUGCCUGAUGCUGUAGUUCAGAAGUUUGAAUCUGAGAAAGAUCUCCUAGAUAUUGAAUGGCCCUUGGUCAAUUUAUCUGAAGAUGACAAGGUGAUGGCUAUUAAACUUGUAGAAACAGCCGUCGAAUCUAUUGAUUCUUUUGUCUAUAACGAAUCAGGAAAAAGUGAAGUUAAUCUCAGGUCUGCUCAGCUUUUUGCUCUCAAUCAUCUGAGAUGCAUGGCUGCCCUUGAUAGCAGAGAAUGCUUAAGAGAUUUGCUUGAUAAAUACAUUAAGCUGUAUCCGUCAUGCUUAGAAUUGGUCCUGGCAUCAGCUCGAAUACAAAAUCAGAAUAUUCAUGUUGAUAGUUUCAUGGGAUUUGAGGAAGCCAUUAGCAGAUGGCCAAAGGAAGUUCCUGGUAUACACUGCAUCUGGAAUCAGUAUAUUGAAAAUGCUCUCCACAAUCAAAGAACUGAUCUUGCAAAAGAAAUUACAGGUCGAUGGUUCCAAUCUGUUAAGCAAGUGCAAGAUCUCCCUAUUGGAGAGAUGAAAAUUGCUGAUGAGGGUAAUUCUGGUGGCUCAUUCAGCAUGGGUUCAAAAUUUGUGACAGACAGUUCCAGCACUGAUCAUAAACAAAUAGAUACAAUGUUUGGAUUUCUUAAUCUGUCUCUCUAUAAUUUUUUCCAGAAUGAUAAAACAGCCGCAUGCCUAGCUUUUGACAAGGCAAAGAGUACUGUUAGUUUUGGAGGUUUAGAGCAAUGUAUGAGAAAAUAUGUGAUGUUUCUGGUUUAUGAUGAGUUGAGCAUGAAGGAGGAUGGUCCUGAUUGUGUCAUUAAGAAGAUUUUGGAGUUAUAUAUAGAUGCUUCCUCCCAGGCAUUGCUAGUUCCCAAGGUGUUGACAAGAAAAUUUAUUGACAGCAUCAAGAAGCCAAGACUACAACAUCUUAUUAGUAACAUAGUAAGUCCAGUUUCAUUAGACUGUUCUCUUCUAAAUUUGACACUUCAAUCAUGGUUUGGUUCAUCUCUUUUACCCCAAACUAUUAGUGACCCCAAACAUUUAGUGGAUUUUGUUGAAGGGGUUAUGGGGGUUGUUCCUCACAACUUCCAAUUAGCUAUUACUGUGUGCAAACUAUUGAUUAAGCAAUACAAUUCUUCCGACUCAAACCCAUCCAGUCUUUUGUUUUGGGCAUGUUCAACCCUGGUAAAUGCAAUUUUGGAUUCCAUGCCAAUACCACCAGAAUACGUCUGGGUGGAAGCGGCUGAGCUUUUGCACAAUGCUAUGGGCAUUGAUGCAGUAUUUGACAGUUUUUAUAGAAGGGCUCUAUCAGUGUAUCCAUUUUCUAUCAAGUUGUGGAAAUACUUCCACAAGCUAUAUAUGACCAGUGGAGAUGCAAAAGAUGCUGUUGAUGCGGCAAAAGAAAGGGGUAUUGAACUUGGUACUAAAGAUUUAGAAACUGAUUGAAUGUAUGGUUUGAUAGGAUCAACAUAAUUGCUAAUGGGAAACGAAAUGCCAAUUUUGCUUUAUUUAUCACACGGUCUCACUCAAUAUGCAGAUAUUUUUUUCCAUCGUGGAAUAUUUUCCUCAUACUGGAAGUGGUACUGAUAACGAAAUAAUUUCAGGAGUUUGAUGUUCGGGAAGGCAACUUCUGAGGUGCAGGCAAGAUAGAUUGUAAACGAAUACUGACUCUUCUCUGCCUUUGCCACCCCCUAUUUUUUCCAUCCCCUAUCCCUCCAUUUUUCAUGUAAUUAACGUUAUUAGCAUACUUUACUGUUGCACAUCUCCUUUCUCCAACCUCCAAACACCCAAUCCUCCACUCAAGAAUCCACUUUGUAUCCACACAUGUGAUAGCCAUUCCACCGCAGGGAAAUGUUAGUAACUCACUCUUGGACACUUCUUUUAACAUUUUAUUAUUAUUAUUAGGUGAAAUCUCGUGUUGGUAACACCGAAUAACUUGAACUUAAUCUCUAUUUUGGUAUGACCAGGUUUAUCCUAUAGUGUUGAAUAGAGUGUCAGAGUUGAGUUACUAUCAUUUUUCUCCCACCUUGUCAUACUAGACAGUGGUAUCAUAUUUUGGAUAUUCCAAUUUUGCAGAACCUUUUCUGAAAGAUUGUAGAUUGUUACUUGACAGAAUGAAUGAAAGAAAAUAUUACCUAA